AUGAAGCGAGUACUUGCGCUGCACGGUCAUUUCCAGAACGCUCGUGUCCUUCGAGGAAAGCUCGAGCACAUCCAAUCCGCGUGCAAGGACUACAUAGAAUUUGUUACACUAGAUGCGCCUCAUAUACUAUAUCCAGUCGAUCCUCCGUCCUCUAUGUCAGUGGCAUCGUCCUCGUCCUUGGCAACAUCUCGCCGGUUCGAGAACGACGAGCAUGAUCUUCGCCCGCGUUGCUGGUGGCGUUAUCUUGCCGAUACCCACGACACGGACGCAGUAAUAGAAUCCCUAGCUCAUAUUCGCGCUUUCUUGGAAGAACACGGUCCGUUCGAUGGUCUCCUCGGCUUCAGCCAAGGUUCCGCCAUGGCUGCCAUGGUCGCCGGAUGGCUUGAAGAACCCGAGAUGCAGCCGCAUUUCAAGAACGUUGAUCAUCCUCCUUUUCAAUUUGUUAUCUUGAUAUCUGGUUUCAUCAUUCCCUCGCCUCUAUUUCCGCUCCCAGCGAAGAUAAAGGCGCCUUCGCUGCAUGUUAUCGGCUAUAACGACACCAUGGUCAAGCCAGAGUGGCCCAAGGAUCUGGCUCGGCGUUUCGACAGCGCUGGUGCCAGAGUGGAGAUGCACGAGGGUGGCCACUUCAUCCCGCGCCGUGCUGCUUGGACGCAGUUCUUCGCCGAGUGGCUCGCGUCGGCUGCCACGUUGUGCGACUCGCCGUACUCCACAGCGCCGUCCACGCCGGACCUGUCCUCGUCGUCCUCGAUAUCCUCCAGGAAGUCCAACGAAGGCGCUGUAUCUCCCUACUUGUUGACACCUGUAAAUCGGGUCAUGGAGCUGACGGACAGCGGCACUCGAAUCGUCGAUGUUCACGACGCGGUUGAGUCUCCCUUGGGCAAGUACGGGAGCGAUGAUUCCGCGAAGAUAAGCAUUAUCCGGCCUUAUGCGAAGACGGACAACGUCGAUAUCAUGCGUUUCGUGAAGAUGGCGAGCGAGACGCUCUCUCGGCACGUGGAGAGCACGCCCUCCACGUAUGAGACCAUCAAGUCUCCGACCCCAGCGAGAUAUCACGAUGAGCUCAUUCUUUAUAUCGAGGUUCAGAACCCAGAUGGUACCAUUUCACUGGUUGAAUCGGAACCUGUAUCCCCGCGAAUCUGA